AUGUCGGCUCACACCUUCCAUAACACCGGCCUCAUUCGGGGCCAUUUCGAGUAUUUAUCCACAUUUAACGAUGAUGUCAUGAAUGAGCAACGAGUUGUCGCGAGCCUCCGUGCUGUUGCGCUAGCAGCUUAUGCUACCAAGUUUCAACAUGUUGCUCUUCUCAAGAAAGCCAGACAGUAUUACGUUGCAGCGCUUCGACAUAUCAAUGCAGCCUUAUUGUCCUGCCAUGAAGCAGCAAAGAACGCUACCAUUAUCUCGAUUCUGUUCCUAAACACCUUUGAGGCUCUGACUUGUGAGAGUGAGGACUUCCCCUAUCAAAGAGAGACUCACUUAAAAGGUGUAGCGUCGAUAUUGGACAUUCGAGGGGUGGGACUUGUGCAAUCUCGUCCCGGGCUUCAGUUGUUUCGUCAAACCCUCCUCUGCAUUUCAGUUACAUGCUUAAUGCGCUCUUUUCAAAUACCCAUGGGAUUGGUAAAGCUUCACCGCCACACUGCUGCUUACAUGGAUACUAGUGAUCCUGCUUGGAAAUUAUCAGAUAUCAUGAUAGAACUGUCCUAUUUCCGCGCAAUGGUCAAGGACCGUACGCUCUGUGAUCCGGAGAAAAUAAUUCCAUCUGCCAAAGAAAUAGACCGCAACCUCUGCUCGCUCGCUGAUAACAUGCCCGAGGACUGGCGAUUCCAGUUCAUGGAACUAGAGACCACAUCUGAACUCGUCAUGGGAAUGCAGCUUCACAUGUAUCCCGAUGCAUGGGUCGCAGGUGUGUGGAACAACAUCCAUACAUGUCGGUUACUUUUGCAUGGUGAGAUCAAGCAGCAAUUGGAGAGUGUGCUGGACACUUCUCUAUACGAUGCUGUCCAGUAUCAGCACUCAGUCAUAAUAAUGCAACAGCUCGUUUCAGACAUUUGUGCUUCCGUGCCUCAAUACUGUGGUUACCUACCAGUAAAAUCUGGUAGUGUAUCAUAUACGCAGACAGUCAGCAAUGGGAUCCCCGCUAUCGCUGGUAUCUACCUCCUAUUCUGGCCUCUUCUAUAUGCCGGCCAGAUGGCUAUUUCGGAAUAUCAGCGAGUUUGGAUCAUUGAUCGCAUGCGCUAUAUCGGCGAAACAACCGGUAUUCAGCAAGCCUUUGUGUUUGAGGCUAUACUAAAGCGGGGUGUGGACCCUUUUCAAUAG